GGGAGGGCGGGAGUAACGGGUUAAUUGCAGCAAACGAUGGAAGGCGGCAUUCCGACGUUCUCUGCCCUCGUCCGCUCUUACACUUAAGGCUUUCCGCAUAUAUUUAGAAUCGCCAGUGCAAACUGUCUUCCCCGACCAAGGACCCUUCGGACAUUCUGAAACCAAGGUCAAGCAUCUUGUCAGAACCAUCCCGUCCAAAGCCAUGUCCUUGGGCUGCAUUUAUGCACGGCUGAAUCUUCUCCUCCGGCCACCCCGCUUGAUGCUCUUCCACCAUCCCAGUUGCGCCAUCCACGCUUCCAGUGCCACACUUGCUGGACAUAACAAGUGGUCCAAAGUAAAAAAUGUUAAGGGUCCUAAAGAUAAUGCACGUUCCUUGGUCUUCCAAAAACUUGCCAUGAUGAUCCGCUUUGCUGUAAAAGAAGGAGGACCCAACCCAAAUCUUAACAGUAAUUUAGCCAAUCUUAUUGAGGUGUGUCGAAGGAAGAAUAUGCCCAAAGCCUCCAUUGAAACAGCCAUCUCUGGUGCGGAGAAAAUGAAAUCGAUUUAUCACCUCUGUGGCAUCCGAGGUCCAGGCGGCUCUUCUCUAUAUGUUGAAAUACUGACAGACAACCUGAAGAGAUGUUCCAAUGAAAUCCGAUAUCUUUUAAACAAAAAUGGGGGGAGCAUUGCUGAUGGGAUUCACAAUCAUUUUGAAAAAAAGGGGAUUGUGACUGUGAGCAAGGAAGACAAAUCUGGCAGGGCUCUCAGCUUGGAUCAGGCCCUCGAGUUGGCAAUUGAAGCCGGAGCUGAAGAUGUCCAGGAAGAGGAAGAGGAGGAUGAGAAGGUGGUGCUCAAGUUUAUUUCUGCGGUGUCCACCUUGCACCAAGUACGUGAAAAACUGGAGUCCCUGGGUCUUUGUUCGUUGUCUGCUGGCCUUGAAUUCAUCCCGCUUGUCCAUGCCCAGCUAUCAGAUGCCGAGAUGGACGGGGCCUUGAAGUUGAUAGAGGCCCUUGAGGACCACAUGGAUGUUCUUCGGGUAUACAACAACAUUGCGUAGCUUUACCAGUCCACCUCCAGGAGCUACCGAAGCCUUAAGCUAAAGUCUGGUAUUAUUUCUCCGUGAUCCAAGCCCGGACUAUUAAUGUUGACAUGGUAGAUGAAGUUUGCUGUUUCUAACAUGCCGGUGUGUCCUCUUGCCCCCCCCCCUUCCAAGUUCCUUUUCCAAAGGCGGCCCCUCAGCAUGUACAAAAUGUGGAUGCUAGAAAAGUUUGUGAGCAAGAACAUAGCUCCGACAUCUUCUGCUAAAAAUAUCUGAGAUUGGUUACAGGCUUCCAUUGGAGCAGCAGCUGUGCAGUGAUGCUCUCUCAGUAACAACUCAGCACAGCCAACUAAUUGAAGACAUUUUCAAGCCAACAGUGAUAUGUUGACUGAAAUUUCAAUAACCUUGAUAUAACUUGAGACCUCCGUGGUCCCUGUUCCCUGAGCUGUUGGGCGGUAGUUCUUACUUCAAGCGUGCAAGCUUGCGAAAAGCUCUUAUACGCAAACCCAGCUGAAGGAAAAUGCAGAUUUUAAGUGUGACGGACCCAGUUUGGAUACACACCGUGCUCUGUUGAGAUGUAUCCUCUGUGAUGGAUAGUGAAUGUACCCAAAUAGCCAUGCUGAUCAUACUAAAGGGAUUGUCCCUGAGAAUCAUUCAGCAAGAUUAA